GUGUGUUUUCAUUGGCCGUUUGUUUAAUUUAUUUUUAUUAUAAAAUUAUUUUACAUUAUUAUUAGUUAAUUAAUUGUGAUUUAAGUGCUAUUCCCUUGUUGAUUAUUUUCCAGAAAAUUGUGAUAUCUAACCAUGUUAAAUGUUAUUGUUUGUUUAAAUUUGUCAAAACAACCAAAUAUUCAUCAAUCGGUACAAACCUAAACCUUCAUGUGAUGGUUUCUCAAGAUGUAAUUGUUCUCAGCUUAAACUUAAUAUUACACCAUUAGUAAAUUUACAACAUACACACAACCAUUUACUCUUCCACUAUAUACGCACGCAAUCUCACCAACUUAAUUUCCUCUUUUUUUUCUCUGUUCUUUUUUGUUUUGUUUCGCUUGGUGAAUGAAAAAAACACAAGACACCUUUUCCCUUUUACCUUAUCCAAGUCAAUGUGGACCAGCUUUUACCUAACUUGCAUCUCAACUUUAAUCAUCUUUGAUGCUUAUGCAAAUCAGUGCUAGAUAUUUUGCUUUACCAUUGGAUCCUUUUAUCUACAAAGAUUUUCACGUUUAUUCUGAUACCUUUAAUUAUUCCUCAUGUCCUUGAUGACCAACACCUGAAUCACUAACAUCACAUUCAACAUCUAUCUAUUCCACUUUCUUCUCAAUGAGUUAUUAAGAUCUCGAAGGUCAAAAAUUGUUUUUGUUUUUUAUUUUUAAUUUGAUAUAUAUAUAUUUAUACAUAAUGAAUACACUUGAAGUCUUUCGACUAAUAUUACUAACUCAAGGAAGUUGAGUUUUGUACGUCCACUAGCAGAUGAAAAAUCAACCUUCUCACUUUUUUGCUUCACUUUUUACCAUUAUUGUUAGUUUCUUUGAUAUCUUCAACAUUGAACAUCAAGAAAACAAAAGCUCUAUCCAAUUGUUAAUACUCUAAUUGACAAUCGUUCCGCUUUUUUAAACUCUACAAAUUAUCAUCCGUAUUUCAUCUCUCUGUUUUUCCUCGCCAUUUUGAAACAAAAAUCUUCAUUCCAAUACAAAACCAUCAUCAUACAAUCAGCAUCAUCAGUUCCACCACCACUAUUAACUUGACUACUGCAACCUCAUCAACAUUAUCAUCAUCAAUACUAUCAGUGAUCGUGGUUAUCAUUGGAUGACACAUUGACUGAAAAUUUCAUUUUUGUUUUUGUUUUUUUAAAGCAAACAUGGCAACAGAUAAAGUUAAAGUUGCUAUUCGUGUGAGGCCUUUCAAUCGACGAGAAAUAGAACUUGGUACUAAAUGUGUUAUUGAAGUUAAAGACGAACAAAUUGUUCUAUUCAAUCCAAAUGAUUUAUCCAAAGAUGGUUCAAUUAAUCGUCGUGGACAAAAAGUUUUUGCCUUUGACAACUGUUUCUGGUCUUUUAACGAGAAAGAUUCACAUUUUGCUAACCAGGAAAAAGUCUUCAAUCAGUUAGGCUCAGAUGUGUUACAAAGUGCUUUUGAAGGAUACAAUGCGUGUAUCUUUGCCUAUGGACAAACUGGAUCUGGUAAAUCGUAUACUAUGAUGGGUUCAUCUGAUUCCAAAGGUCUUAUACCAAGAUUAUGUGAUAGUAUAUUUGAAACCAUUGCAAGCAACCAAGAUCCCAAUAAAAGUUUCAAAGUGGAAGUCUCUUAUAUGGAAAUAUACAAUGAAAAAGUUCAUGAUUUACUGGAUCCAAGAGGUGUGAAACAAAACUUACGUGUACGCGAGCACAAUAUUUUGGGUCCUUAUGUCGAUGGAUUGUCAACUCUAGCCGUUUCUUCAUACGAAGAAAUUGACAAUUUAAUGAUUGAAGGUAACAAAUCUCGUACCGUUGCUGCAACCAAAAUGAACUCAGAAUCUAGUAGAUCUCAUGCAGUUUUCACAAUAACUCUCACAUGUACAAUAUAUGACCCUUCCUCCAGUGUUUUUGGUGAAAAAGUUUCCAAAAUGAGUCUCGUUGAUUUAGCUGGUUCGGAAAGAGCUGUUAAAACUGGAGCAGUUGGCGAGAGAUUGAAAGAAGGUUCAAAUAUUAAUAAAUCUCUGACUACCUUGGGUCUAGUUAUUUCAAAAUUAGCUGAUCAAGCAUCGGGUAAAUCUAAAGGUGACCAGUUUAUACCUUACCGAGAUUCUGUUUUAACCUGGUUAUUGAAGGAUAAUUUAGGUGGUAAUUCAAAGACAGUCAUGGUUGCUACUGUUAGCCCAGCUGCUGAUAACUAUGAAGAAACUCUUUCUACUCUUCGCUAUGCUGAUAGAGCAAAGAGGAUUGUUAACCAUGCAGUUGUCAACGAAGAUCCAAAUGCUCGUAUGAUACGAGAAUUGAAAGAGGAAAAUGAACAAUUGAAAGAAAUGUUGAAACAAUCAGGUCAAACAGAAGAUUUGAGAGAACGUUUAGCUGAAUCAGAGAAACUAAUUAAAGAAAUGACACAAACUUGGGAAGAAAAGCUUCGACGAACAGAAGCAAUUCAUCAAGAGAGACAACAAGCAUUGGAAAAAAUGGGUAUUUCUGUUAAAUCAUCUGGAAUCAAGGUUGAAACUGAUAAAUUUUAUUUGGUUAAUCUAAAUGCGGAUCCCUCAUUGAAUGAAUUGUUAGUUUACUACCUAAAAAAUCGUACCUUGGUUGGUCGUGCUGAUGCUGCCUCGGAACAGGAUAUUCAAUUAUCCGGUAUCGGUAUUAUGCCGGAACAUUGUGUUAUUGAGAUUGAUGACGAGACUCAAGAGUUAUCUAUAACUCCAUUAGAAGGUGCAAGGACUUUUGUCAAUGGAAUACAAAUAGAAGAAAGAACUCGAUUACAUCAUGGUGAUAGGUUAUUGUGGGGAAACAAUCAUUUCUUCCGAGUAGCUUGUCCCAAAAGCAGCAGCAACAACCGUUCCAGUCCAAGCAACGGAAAUAAUGCUAGUAAUGGUGGUGGUGACUAUAACUUACCACCACAAGAACGACCAAUAGAUUAUGAAUUUGCUCGUGAAGAGUUAAUGAUGAAAGCAUUGAGCAAUGAUCCUAUUCAAGAUGCAAUGAAAUCUUUGGAACGUCAACGGGAAGAAGAUAAAAAUCGUGCCUUGGAAAAACAAAGAGAAAUGUACGAACGGCAAUUACAAAUUCUUCGAAGUCAAAUGUCACCCACCUCAUCCCCUUAUGGACAUGGGCAUUUGCAAAAAAGUGGUUUUUACGAUCCAUUAACCAUGACAUGGAAUCGAUCACCUUUAUCAAGCCCUAAUGUCAGUGCUCGCAUCGAUCGAUGGUCUGCUGAUGCUCGUGAUGAAAUUUUCAAGAGAAGUUUAACCAAACUGAAGGAAGAUAUUGUUAAAGCUAACUCUCUUGUUAUGGAGGCAAACUUUUUAGCCCAAGAAAUGUCACGAAACACUGAAUUCAAGGUUACCCUUCAAAUACCAGCAGCUAACCUGAGUCCUAAUCGUAAAAAAGGGGCAUUUGUCAGUGAACCAGCAAUUUUAGUGAAAAGAAAAAACAAAGCUCCUCAAGUAUGGUCAAUGGAAAAAUUAGAAAAUAAAUUAAUUGACAUGAAGGAUCUCUAUGAAGAAUGGAAGGAGAAAAACGCUUCAGUGGAUGAUGAUGUAUCCAGUACUUCAUCAAGUAACAUUUCACUCAUAAUUGAUCCAUUUUACGAGUCAACAGAAAAGCAUCACUUAAUUGGUGUGGCAAACAUCUUCCUUGAAGUGCUCUUUCAUGAUGUUACCUUGGACUAUCAAGUUCCCAUCAUCAGUCAACAGGGAGAAGUUGCUGGCCGAUUGCACAUCGAGGUUAGCCGUAUUUCAGGCUCUAUUAGUGAAAGAUUUGCUGACGCAUCGUCCGAAGUGAGCUCUGAACCAGGUUCUACUAGUGAAAAGGAUGUUAAUUCCAAUAACACGAUUACCAUUAAGGUUGCCAUUAAAGCAGCUCGAGGAAUACCUUUAACUCUUUCCAAUUACGUUUUCUGUCAAUACACUUUUUGGGAUUAUCCAGAUGCAAUUGUGGUUCCUACCGUUGACUCAAAUGAAUCCAAUCUUCCUAAAUUUGUUCAUGAAGGAACAACAUUUAAAUUUGCUCACGAAAAAGAGUUUACCGUCCAAGUUACAGAAGAAUUUCUUGAAUAUUGUUCUGAAGGUGCCUUAUCAAUUGAAGUUUGGGGACACAGAAGUUCCGGUUUCAGUUCAUUCCGAUCUGAUUGGGAUAUUGCCACUGCUCAACAAGUUGUGUCUAGAUCUCUAGCUGAUCGAUGGGCUGAAUUGAAGAGAAAGAUUGAACUGUGGGUUGAGAUUCACGAGUUAAAUGAAAAAGGUGAAUAUAGUCCAGUUGAAGUAGUUCCUCAAGAUGACAUUUACACUGGCGGUGUUUACCAGUUGCGCCAAGGACAACAGAGACGAAUUGUUGUCAAAGUAAUUCCUGCUCAAGAUUCAGGCUCUUUACCAGUCAUCUGUGAAGCAAUCACUGCGAUUCAAAUUGGCUGUGUAUGUCAUCGAUAUAGAGUGCAAACAUCUUUAGAUUCCUAUCAAGAGGUUGACCUAGCUGUGCUUAAAUUGAAAUGGUCUGAUGCUCUUUGUAAGCGUAAAGAGUAUCUUAAUAAACACAUGAAAGAAUUAGUUAAUAAAGCAAAUAAAAAUGAAGAAGAACGUGAGAGGGAAAAAAAUUUGGUCGGUCAAUGGAUUAGCUUAACAGAGGAAAGGAAAGCAGCCAAUGAUCCACCCGCUGGUUCAGAGAUUCCAGGUGCUCCCCCAACAUGGGAACCACUUCCAGGAAUGGAAAGACAUAUACCUGUGAUAUUCCUUGAUUUAAAUACAGAUGAAAUGAGUAGUAGUUUAAUGUCCAAUUUAGGUGAAUCUUCAGUUCUUGUCGCUGGAGUCAACUCAACGAUACCCAAAGAACAUAGUGACUUAUUUGUUGACUUACGAAUAACCAAAUUUUCCGAAGAAGUUUGCUCAGCCACCGCCGUUUGGGAUUCAUCCGUCCACGAUUCACCAGCCCUUAAUCGACCAACCAGUGCAAAUGAUCGAGUUUACCUUAUUCUUAAAGUUUCCGUCCGACUAAGUCAUCCAGCUUUAAUGGACUUAGUAUUAAGAAAAAGACUCGCCAUAAAUGUUUAUAAACAACAAUCACUGACUGAGCGAAUCAAGAAAAGCUUAAAACGCUAUGAUAAUCUUACCGCUACUGGUGUUACUUAUGAAAUUGUUUCCAACAUUCCAAAAGCUUUCGAAGACAUUGAAGACAGAGAAUCAUUGGCCUUAAUGGCUGCAUCCUGUGAUAAUAAUAAUUCUUGUGAUGGAGAAAGUUACAUUGAAAAAUAUACCCGAAGUGUUUCCGCAGUGGAAAGUAUACUUGCUUUAGAUCGUUUAAGACAAGAAGUUGCAAUUAAAGAAUUAUUAGCAGCCAAGGGAAGCUACCGUGAAGCUCUUCUUCGUAAAACAUUAAGUGUUCCCAAUAUGGGUGUUUUAAGCCUGUCAGAAAGGACUUUUGACCGAGAGACAUUGCCACCGUUAUUUUAAAGAUACAGUAACUUCAUGCACCGAUGAUAAUUUAUCUUCUUAUCAUUGUCAUCAUGGUUACCAUCCUUAUUCUCCUCAUCAUCCUCGCCAUCGUCACACAAAUUUGAUUUUAUUUUCUUCCUGUAAUUUUCUCCUUUUAUCUACUAUCUCUCUCUCUCUUCCUUUUUUCCUGUAUUUUUCUUCCCUUCUCCUUCUCUCAUCCAUUGAUUUUCAUUUUUCGAAUAUCAUUUUCAUUGUUUAAAAAAUUAUCUUUUGUCAAAUCAAAUGUUAAUUACAACUCAACGACAAUUUUUACACUCGUUAUGUACAAACAAAGUAACACGAGAGGGAAGCUUUUCUGUAACGUCAAUAAUAAUUUGUAUUUUACUUUAUCCCUGCUUUUUUUGGAUAAAUAAUACAACUUGUUAACUCCAAUGAAUCUGAAUGAAAAGGAUCCAUUGACAAUUUAGCUGUAAAAUCAAACAUCAUUUGUAUGUUUACUGUUAUUUACCUUUUAUCAUCCAAAUUGAUUCCAAAAACCUUGACAUUACACUUCUUCUCUCGACACUAUUGGGAUGAUAAAGCCUGUUGAUCUAGCAAUUACUCUGUGAACGCUUAACAAGAGCAAACAAUGCUCAUUGUACAAUUUAAACAUGGAAGGACGAGACUACAAUAUAAGAAACAUGCUGCAACAUAAAGAGAUAGACUCUUGGCUCCAAUCAAACAAAAUCAACUGUUGAUUCCACAACUUGAACGAUAAAAAAAAUCAAAAGUGUUCAUUUGCCCGAAAAUAACAAGAUGGAACAAAUUUAUCAACGAUUAAUUGUAUAAUUUGCGAAUUAAUAUUGAUUAUGACAUAAAUGUAUAUAAAAGAACCAAAUAGACUGAUUAUUGUU